AUGGCGUGCCUCGCGAUCUCCCUGCAGCCGGUGAACGGCCCGGACAUCCUGCUCCAGACGCGCUCCUGGUUCCCGGUCUCGCGCGCCCUCGCCGCCGUCUCCGCCUUCCGCCUCGCGCGCCUCAGCCUCGCCCGCGGCAAGCAGCACCCCUCCUCCUCCUCCUCCGCCUCCCUCGACGCCAUCGGCGACGACCCGCUGGCCACCGGCUCGGGGCAGCUGGUGGUGGGCGUGGAGUCGCAGUACCGAGUCGUCUACCGCCUCGUCAACUCCAUCUACGUGCUCGGCGUCACCACCGCCUCCGACCACGCCGCGCCCGCCGUCCACGCCUUCGCCGUCGCCGACGCCGUCAACCAGGCCGUCUCCGUCCUCGUCGCCGCCUGCCGCGGCGUCGACGCCACCCCCGAGAAGGUCCACCGCAAGUACCCCGAGGUCUACCUCGCGCUCGACCUCGUCCUCCACGGCGUGGGAUCCGUCCGCCUCUCCCAGAUCCUCGCCACCAUCCAUGGCGACAACCUCGCCCGCAUGGUCAACUCCUCCCCCGACGCCGAGGCCCGCGCCCGCGGCGCCGACUCCUGGCCCGUCGUCGAGCACCUCGCGCAGGACCGCCACGCCGCCCGCGACGGCUUCGCCACCGCCUCCUUCGAGCUCCCCCAGGAGACCCUAUCUGCUGGCGACGAGUUCUCUGCUUCCAGCCUCGCGCCUGCGACCGCUGCGGCUACUGGGGAUGAGCCGCCGCCUGAGGAGGCGCCCCCGGUUGAGAAGGACCCCUUUGCAGCCAGCGACAUGGUUGCUAGCAAGCCAGAGGAGGCGUUGGUUGGUGCCUUCAAGAAGAACAAGGAGACUGCCCUUGUGGUUGCUGAUCCUGCUGCUGCGCUUGCAGGGUUGGAGGUCACCACUUUGCCGCCAGCCGAGGCCACUAAACCAACAUUCAUUGGGGUUGAGGGAUUUGAGGGUGACUACGGUGGAAUUGAGUUUGGUAAUGAGGAAGCUUCACUGGCUGAGGCAUUUGAGGGCUUCAAUGCGCCAUUUGGGGGUGGGCUUGAUGCUUCUGAGUUUGUUACCACAACCAAGAAGGAUCACAAGGACAAGACCCUCACUGGUCUUGAGAUUCUAGCCAUGAGUGGUGGGCAGGCACCAAAUGCGCCUUCUGGUUCGCCACUUGACAGCUUGGUAACCCCGAGCAAAGAGAUGACCGUGCCUGAGUUGUGCAUUGUUGAGGAGAUCAAUGCUGAAUUCAACGAGUCUGUUCUUGCACGGGUUGGUCUGAAGGGUACAAUCAUUUUGCGGACCUUACCACCAAAGAAGGCAGCAGGGAGGGAGGCAGAGUUCUCAUUCCGGCUUGAGGGUACUUCUGGAAUGAAGAGGGCUGCCUUGCAGAGUACCGUGUUGAGCAGCCUCGAGAACGGCCUGUUCCAUGUGAAGACACCAUCGAAGGAGGAACCUAUCCCCAUCAUGAAAUACAGCUUCCUGCCCAAGCACUCACCUCUCCCCCUGAGGUUGCGUCUUGUAAAGCGCCACAGUGGUACAUUGCUCUCACUGAUGAUACACUAUGCGUCGAACCCGAUGUUGCCGCGGCCACUGAGCAAUGUUACAUUCAUUGUUAAGCUUCCUGUGGAUCCAACUCUGCUUAAUGUUUCGCCCAAGGCUGUGUUGAACCGGGCUGAGAGGGAACUCAGGUGGCACAUCUCAGACAUUCCUCUGAAAGGCCCCGCUGGACGGUUGAGAGCACGGAUGCCUGUGGAUCAAGACUCUAAAGAUGGCGAACUGGAGGUUGUUGGAAUGGUGAAGUUUGCUUACCAAGGGCCAUUCACUUUGUCGGGCAUCAAGCUCUGCCCAGCCAUCAAUAGCACUGCCCAAUUUAACGAAGUUGGCCACACUUUCUCCAGCGGGAGCUACCGUUGCAUCUGA